UGUACGAGUGUGUAUUUCAUGCCCAAGUAAACUCGGCUACUGCUGCUCUUUACACUCGCUGUGAUUUUGACUUUUCCGUGUCUCGGCGACGAAUGGCGUCACUUUUGUCGCGUUUGGAAACCCGACUUUAAGCCACACUGUCACAGGUCCAGCGAUGUCGAUGUCACAGACCGAAUGCGAUAUCUUGACGUGCCCAACUUUGCCUGUUUGGAAACUGCGUACUGUAAUAGCAGCGGGGGGGAAUGUGUUAUUGUUUUGUUGUGUAUGAUGUUGUUAUCCAUAAUUCAGAAGUCUAAAGCGUUGCUUGGUGUUGGAGCCAAUACAGAAGGUUUACUAAACACCGUGGAAGGAGCAAAAGGACAACAGAAUGAUGUGCCCAAGCAGACAACGAAAUUUGCACCGGAAAUAUCCACCGAACAACUCAAGGAAAUUGUUUACGAUCACAUAAAGACAAUUCGGGAUCCUGAGAAGCCAGCCACCCUGGAAGAUUUGCAUGUUGUUGAUGAAGAUUGUGUAAGAGUUGAAUCUAGUCCAGAUAAUGAUGUGUACUCAGUUCAUAUUGAGUUUAUUCCUACUGUGCCUCACUGCUCAUUGGCUACUCUUAUAGGCCUUUGUAUUCGCAUAAAACUGGAAAGGAACCUUACAGAAAAAUUCAAACUGGAUAUCAGCAUAAAAGAAGGGACACAUUCUACAGAAGGGGAAAUAAAUAAACAAAUCAACGACAAAGAAAGGAUAGCUGCAGCAAUGGAGAAUCCAAACCUAAGGGAAAUUGUUGAAUCUUGCAUUGAUGACGAAAAAGACUGAAGUUAUAUUGUAAAUGGACUGAUGAUUUUGUUUUUUAAAAAAAUAAUGCGGAUGUAAGUUAUUUUCUUGAUUAAAAGUGUGAGUUAACCUAA